AUGGACAGCAUCAUCACCCACGAACACCUGGGCAAAACGAAGAACGUAAAGUUUGCUUGGCAUCAGGAGACAUCAUCUGAAUAUCAAAGUAGAAUAAUAGAGAAAAAGGAGCUUCAGAAAUGGAACUUUAUUCACAUGAUUCAGAUGCUGUAUUAUGUAAAAGAUAUCCCAGCUACUCUGAAAUUUUUCCACAGUCUCCUGGAUACUGAGGGCAAGAUUCUUAUUAUUCUUGUGUCAGGAAUGAGUGGUUGGGACAAACUGUGGAAGAAGUAUGGAUUCCGCUUACCCCAAAAUGAUCUCUGCCUCUAUGUGUCAUCCUCUGACAUCACUCAAACCCUAGAAACUUUGGGAAUUAAAUAUGAAUGCUUUGAACUUCUAUCUACUAUGGAUAUAUCAGAUUGCUUUGUUGAAGGCAAUGAAAAAGGGGAGUUACUGCUGGACUUUUUAACAGAAACCUGCCACUUUAGCCAAACUGCGCCACCUGAUCUCAAAGCUGAGAUUAUCGAAGACCUUCAAAGGCCAGGAUUCAGUGUAAAAGAAAGAGGAAAGACCCUUUUUCAGAAUCACUUAAGUUUCAUAGUUGUUGAAGCAUAA